AUAACUAACUACAAGCUAUCAAGAAGAACAAGAACGCAAAAUUACUUGGCUAUCAGUUAAAAAACAAACCUAUUGCUUUUUGUAUUUACAUGUGUUUUGUGUUAUCUGUGAUUUUCUUAAAUUUAAUAAUAAGCUGCACACUUUUGUUCCGAGCGUGCAGCACAUUAGAAUAAUAUUUGAAAAAUGUUAAAUGGAUUAGUGGCCGAACCCUCUGUAUACUUCUUUGAGGGGGUAGAGAAGCUUUUGGAAAUUUGGUUCGAAGAUGGUGAUAACGACGAAUGUGACUUGAGGAAAAUACCCAGAGCUAACUGGGAAACAUUACUGCAAUCAGUAAAAUGUGAAAUCAUUAGUUUUACCAAAAAUAAUGCCAUAGAUGCUUAUGUAUUAAGUGAAAGUAGCAUGUUCGUUUCGAAGAAGCGUUGGAUUUUAAAAACAUGCGGCUCCACAACAUUGCUGCAGAGUUUGAAACCACUUUUGGAGCUUGUGCCACAAUAUGGUUUCACAGAAAUAACCGAUUUAUUUUACUCCAGAAAGAAUUUCUCGCGUCCAGAGUUGCAGGCAUUUCCACAUCGUGGUUUUUGUGAAGAAGUCGAGUAUCUUGACUCUGUUUUCGAAGAAGGCCGUUCAUACUGUUUGGGUUCAAUCAAUAGAGAGUGCUGGUAUUUGUAUACUUUUAGCAAGUAUAAAAAAGAAGUGACGCGGCCACGUAAACUCGAUAAUGCUGAACCAGAUCAGACUAUUGAAAUUUUGAUGCAAAAUCUGGACACUGAUGUGAUGGCCAAAUUUUCCAAAGAUAAAUAUGAAACCGGCGCAGAAGUUACAAAGGCUACAGGCAUAGAUAAAUUACUGCCUAAUAUGAUAAUUGAUGAUUUCCUUUUUGAUCCAUGUGGUUACUCAAUGAAUGGCAUAGAAGAAAAGGGCGAAUAUAUGACAAUACAUAUAACACCUGAGAGCAAUUUUUCAUAUGUUAGUUUUGAAAGCAAUGUGUCCAUGAAUAAUUAUGCCGAACUUAUAAACCGAGUGGUAAAAACUUUCAAACCGGGCAAGUUUGUGGUAACCAUCUUUGCAAAUAAGGCAUCACCUGCUUAUGCUACGAUAAAAGAGUUGGAACUCGAAUAUGCUGAAAAGACCAGCUGGAAGCGCUCGAACAUGCAGUAUUGCAGUUUUCCAUUAUACAAUUUAUUAUUCGCACAAUAUUGUCAAUGCCCUUGAGAUUAUUGACUAGCAAUACAUAUACUUAGUACACUUCCUAGAAAAUCUCCCAACAUAUUUUUAACAACAUGACAUCAGUAAGCUUAUUUCUGUUCAAUUAUCUAAUAGAUUAUAAAAUAAAAGCUAUAUAUAAAACAUAGUAUAGAAAAAAUAAGUCGUAUUUUAGUU